AUGACUCAGGGAUCUGGUUUUAAUAAGGAAGACAUUGUGCGGCGCCGGAAGAAGGAUCAUAUCGAUAUCUGUCUUCAUAAAGUUGUUGAACCGUAUAAAAAUGGUCCUUCUAUAUGGGAAAAGUAUAAAAUUCCGUAUACUGCGCUACCUGAGAUCAGUAUGGGUAAAAUUGAUACUCGGUGCGAAUUUAUGGGGUGGACUUUGUCGUUUCCUCUUAUUAUAUCCUCCAUGACAGGUGGUGAGGAACAUGGCCGCAUUAUCAAUGAAAAUUUAGCCAAGGCCUGUGAAGCAGAAGGUAUCCCCUUUGGUUUAGGUAGCAUGCGUAUUGUAAAUAGGUAUGCUGUGGCUAUACACACCUUUGACGUUAAAAAAUUCUGCCCCUCUGUCCCCAUGUUUGCUAACAUUGGGCUCGUACAGCUGAAUUAUGGGUUUGGUGUAAAGGAGGUGAACAACUUAAUCAAAUGUGUUAACGCGGAUGGACUUUUUAUUCAUCUAAAUCACACGCAGGAGGCCUGCCAACCGGAGGGGGACACAAACU